AUGGAUGAGAAUGCCUUGAGCCCAGGCCAUGUCAAGCCUCGUCUUGGUUGGGCAGAAGUACAUUCAGCAGAUAGAUGGCUAGAACAACUGGAACGCCUUCGGGAUGACAACGCAACCAGCGAACAGCGAGCCCAAUAUAUUGUGGACGAAUUCACGAAACUAGGGCUCUCUGGAGCUACGCAAAAGUACAAAUUCACCAUGGCGAACGAGACCAUCACCGGCGUGAACGCAUAUGCAGUCUCGUCUUCGCCACGGAUAUCUGGCACCGAAGCAAUGGUUAUAUCCGCCUCUUGGCUCAGCAGACGAGGGGAAGGGAAUGGGGACUUGAACCUUCGUGGUGUUGCCACCGUCCUUGCGCUAGCGAAGUACCUCAAGAGUUACUCCUCAUGGUCCAAAGACCUCGUCUUCGUGAUUGGAGACGGCUACCUUGAUGGUAUGCAAGCCUGGUUGAACGGAUAUCAUAACGCGGACCAGAAAAAGGGAGUUAACGGUCGACUACCCAACCAGGACCUGAUCAACGGAUUUGAGCGCCUUGCGCGAUGGACUGUCGGCUCACCGGUCGUCAUGUAUGAUCACGCUGAGGUUCCACCUGCACCAUCCUGGAUUCCCCAAAUUGUUCAAAAACAUCCUCGGUUCGAAGUCUAUUGGCAACGGGCCUUGAACCUCGUGGCCGCCCCAGCGGGAUCCACGGACUUUUCCACCGGUCAGUUUCAAGAAGUGAACUACUGCUGCAAGCACAACCUCAUUGUGAACAGACACCGGAUAGACGCCUUCACCAUCUAUGCCAAUUGUGCGACGGGACCCCAUGGGUUCUAUGCCAUGGGCAGGAUCGUUGAAGCUACGCUGAGAACCAUGAACAAUCUACUCGAAAGGCUCCAUGCGUCUUUCUUCUUCUAUAUUUUGACAGGCUCGUACACAUUCCUCAAGAUUGGAUCUUUCAUCCCAAGUGCUAUCCUCAUCGGCGUUUCCAUGCUGUUCCAAGGGCUGACUUCGUGGGUUAAUGCCGGUUGGGUGCUUGUCGACAAGGGAUCCUCAGAGAAGGAAGCCAACUCGAAACCCAUAUGGAGGAGAAGGAACCGACAGGUUCUACUUGUGGUGUUGACCAUGAUCUUUACCCACGUCCUCGGCGCCGCCUUGUUUGGUAUCCUCUCGACGCCGUGGUUCAUCCAGAAUAUCGCGACUGUCUCGAUACCUCUGUUAGCGGCAUUCUCCAUCGCACCCAUUGUAGUCCUAGCGUUAGCUCCUCAGCCAUCCCAGGAUGAUGCACCCAUCUCCUUGACACUGAAAGCACUCAACCUCUGCCUCGCCUCCGCCGUUAUCUCUGUUACGUCCAUGCUCAACUUCUCUCUCGCACUGUCCUUCGCUAUACUGCAGGGCGUUCCUUUGUCCCUCUCCGCAUUCUCCCGCACACCUGUAGCUCGUUUUGCUGGCUAUGCUUCCUAUUGCGUACUGGCACUCGGUUGGCUCGCUGUGUUCCCAGACGAGGUCAAAAAUGCCAUUUGGCAUUGGGAGAUUGCAUCUGUGUGGUUUGCGCCAGUGGUGUGCAUUGUGUAUGUACCACUUGUCCUCCAAGCUGGUAUCGCGACAUUACUUUCACAUUAG